UUGCAGUAGUCCAGGCGAGAUGUAACGAGGGCAUGGGUGACUGUGCGCAGAGAAACCCGGUCCAGAAAGGGACACAACUGGCGGAUCAGGCGGACCUGAUAGAAGGUAUGUGCAGUUUGCCUGCUAAGACAAAAAAAAUCAAGUAAAUGUUUUUGAUUAGGUAAUUACAAAUCUUUUACCAAGCAUGGGAAGGAAACGUGAAGGAAUGACUUCUAUUUUUAAAAAUACUUCACUUCAGAAAUCGUGGCACAAAAUGUUUCAGGCAUGAACAACAUCAGAUGGAAAGAGCUUUUUAUUGCUGAUGUCCUAAUGGAUAUAUUCCUAUCUUCAGUGGGUGACUUUGAUAAAAUAUGGCGUGAACAUUGUGAGGAUGAAGAAACACUCUGUGAAUAUGCUGAGGCAAUGAAAAACUUGGCAGAUAAUCACUGGGCUAAAACUUGUGAAGGAGAAGGUCGAAUUGAAUGGUGCUGCAGUGUAUCCCGGGAAUAUUUUCAUAAUGGUGGAAAACGGAAAGCACUGGAAAAAGAUGAGAAAAGAGCAGUUCUUGCUACUAAAAGCAUUCAAACUAUCAGCAUUCAUGCAAGUUCAAAAAUGGAGGUUUCUACUCAUAAGUCAAUCCAUAGUUCUGUAAUAGAUGAAUUGCUACAUUCUUCAGGAAAGAUAAGAUUACUUGAUGUUGGCAGCUGUUUUAAUCCAUUUUUGAAGUUUGAAGAGUUUUUGACUGUUGGUAUUGAUAUUGUCCCAGCUGUUGAGAGUGUCUACAAAUGUGACUUUUUAAACCUUCAGAUUCAUCAGCCUCUUCAACUUGCACAGGAUGCCAUUGAUGCUUUUUUGAAACAGCUUAAGAAUCCUAUUGAUUCCCUGCCCGGAGAACUAUUUCAUGUUGUGGUCUUUUCCCUCCUCCUUUCUUAUUUCCCUUCACCCUAUCAGCGAUGGAUAUGUUGUAAAAAGGCCCAUGAACUACUUGUAUUAAAUGGAUUGCUCCUUAUUAUCACUCCUGACUCUUCCCAUCAGAAUCGCCAUGCUAUAAUGAUGAAAAGCUGGAAAAUUGCUAUAGAAUCUUUAGGGUUUAAACGUUUUAAAUAUUCAAAGUUUUCUCAUAUGCAUUUGAUGGCCUUUAGGAAAAUCUCACUCAAAACAACAAGCGACUUAGUGAGCAGGAACUACCCAGGGAUGCUAUACAUUCCCCAGGAUUUUAGCACUGUGGAAGAGGAGGAAUUUUCUAAUAAUUCCUGCUAUAUCCGAUCAGAUGUUGAAGAUGAACAACUGGCCUGUAGCUUCAUGGAGCUUCCAGAUGCUCCUUAUGAUUCAGACUCUGGAGAAAGCCAGGCUAGCUCGAUACCCUUCUAUGAACUAGAAGAUCCUAUAUUGCUUCUAAGUUAAUGUAACAAUUAAAAUCUGCUUCAGAGUUCAAAUUCCCUUUCCCAUAAAACUAAUUCUGCUAAAUUGCCAUCUAUUCUGCACAUGAAGCAUUUACAAAAAGGAACUGCUAAAGUUUUUGAAAACUAUUGCUAUUUUUUGUACUAAUAAAUUUUAAAAUGUA